GGCCUGUCCACUUGCAUCGUGAAUGGUCCAUGCGCGCCCGCGCCGGGACGCUCUGCCCGGACGACGCACACCAGCUGCUCGACCAAUUGCUACACCAGGCCACCCCGGUCCCCGAGCACAAGCACCCCCUCAACGACUUCUUGGCCGCCCUCGCCGCUGCACCGGCCUCCGACGCCUGCGGAGAUGGCCUCGCCCUCGCCACCGCCCUCUUCAACCGCGUCUGCCGACAGGCUCCGCAGGCGGCGCCGUUCACAGAUCACACCUACCUCGCCCUCGUUGAAUGCUGCUACCGAGCGCGUCGCCCCAACCUAGCGCUAUCCUUCCUCGCCCGCUUUCUCAAGACGCCUGCCGAGAUGGCCCCGCUCUCGCCCUGGCUCUCUUCAACCGCGUGUGCCGAGAAGAAGAAGAAGGCCUGCAGGUGGCGCCUCUCUCAGGCCACACCUACAAUAUCCUUAUGGACUGCUGUUGCCGCGCCCGUCGCCCGGACCUAGGGCUCGCCAUCUUCGGCCGCUUCCUCAGGACGGGGAUGAAGACCAACCCGAUCGUCGUCAGCACCUUCCUCAAGUGCCUCUGCUAUGCCAAACGGACAGGAGCCAGCAGGCGCUUGACCUUCUCCAAAUGGUGUUCAAACAAGGAUGUACCUGCUCGCUCGGUGUGGUGUCAUAUACCACCGUCAUCGACGGCUUCUUAAAGGAAGGCCAAGUAAGCAAGGCGUGCAAUCUAUUCCAUGAAAUGGUCCAGCAAAGGGUUAUGCCUAAUGUGGUCACGUAUAACUCGAUUAUUGAUGCGCUGUGCAAGGCCAGAGCAAUGGACAAGGCAGAGUUGUUCCUCCGCCAGAUGCUUGAUAAUGGUGUUCGACCGGAUAACAUGACAUAUAAUAGCAUGAUACAUGGAUAUUCCACUUUGUGCCAGUGGAAACAGGCAAGUAAUAUGUUCAGAGAAAUGAAGAGCCAGGGUCUUAUACCAGAUAUUGUUACGUGGAGAUCGUUAAUUACUUCCCUUCACAAGCAUGGAAGGCGCCAUGAAGCUGCACGAGUUUUUGAUUCCAUUACUGCAAAGUGCCAAGAACCACAAACCAGAAGUCUUCACAUACUCUAUUCUGCUGCGCGGGUAUGGCACUAAAGGACACUUUGUUAAUAUAAUUAAUCUCUUCAAUUAGCCAAUUUCAAUGUUCUCGACAUAUUAAUUGAUGUAUAUUAUAAAUGUGGUACAAUGGAUGAUGCUAUGCUCAUAUUUACUGAAAUGAUGGAGCACGGAGUGAGUCCCGAUGUAUUCAACUGUGCUACUGUAAACCUAUCAGAAUGGUGGGUUGGUUGGUUGGUUCUAUGGACAAAUUCAGUCAGAUGUUUGCUCUGGGGACUACAACAGAAUGGAUCCGUUCAUCAUUUUUCCAGAUGAUAUACGGAGGUAUUCAUUGUCCUUGUUGUUUGUUCUUCUGUUCAAUAAUAAAAUCUAUUGAAAGAAGGAAAGCUUACUGAUGAUAGGUACUACAUAGACAUAAUCAGCAAUACAGAGAAAGCAUUUGGAGUACUUGAUUCCAUGGUAUCAGUUGACAUUGUCACAACGAGCCUAAUGUUGUUACAUUAGUCACUUGUUGAUGGAUAUUCUGGAAAUGGAAGUAUCAAUGAUGAUUUGGCUCCAUUCAAAGAAAUGUUGCAUAAAAGAUUUAAACCUACAACUGUUAUUUAUGACAUUGUACUGGAUGGGUUAUUUCUGUUGUGAAAUGUAUAUGUGGAUUGCCUAGCCCUUUCCAUCAGUUCGGACUUUUGGUUCAAGUGGCUAGUGCAUGAAGCUUAACAUGGUAUCAGAGCCCCAGGUCUCGAGUUCAAAUCCUGGCUUUCACAUGGUUUUCGCAAUUAAGCCUAAAAAUUGCUGUUGCCCCACUCUUUAGCCACCGCUGAUGCCCUGUUUCGGUGUGCUCUUCUUCUUUCACGUGUUGACUUUCUCUUCUCCCGUCACACGCG